AUGGCCAUCUGGGGGUGCAAGUCUCCUUGGGUAGCGGCUGCCGACGGAUCUAGUGGCAGAUUGGCAGAUACAAUAGUCUCUACUGCAUCUUUGGCCUUCUUGAGUGCAGGGUACGGGGUGACUGUCCGUCGAGCAGCGGUGUCACAUCUCUGCAUCACUGAUGUCUACUACAACUCUCCUCACGGUCUAGAAUACCAAACAGUUGCCAUAAACUUACCAUUUUCUGUGAUACGUCGGCUGGGAGAGAGUCCUGCAGGACAGAUGAAGGUGAUUCAGGGGAGACCGCUGGCAGGAGAGUCACCUAUAUACACCAUCCGUCUACGUCCUACACCUUAUUACUACAUUCACAACGUCCUCACUUCAGUCCCUACACUGCCGCGCCAAAAGGUUGAUGUGGGCUUUAUUAACAACGGGAAGCCUCAAAAAGUUUACCACUGGAACCCCCCACUGAAAGCCCACAUCUACCGUACCUCAUCACCACCAACCAUGACAUCAAAGCCCUUUCGGCCAACCACGGAAGCAAGAAAAUCCUCUAAGUCGCCGUGGUUAACACUGAAGAAGUACUACGUGAGCAACGGCAAACCUUCCCGAGUGUACGUAUGGAAGGACGACGACCCAGCGACUAACAAAUAUAGACACGUGAGAGUUCCUGCAUUUUGAAACCUUUCGUCACUAGCAAUGUUGAAUGUAUUCAAGGUGGUGGUGCUAAAUUUCUCGACGCCAGAGAAUGAAGCCUAGCUGUUUGGAGGAUGUCUGCGGCGGGACGCUGAUUGUAUAAUAACACUUUCUCACCCGCAGGCAGUGUAGAGUAUAAGGUUGGUCUUCAUAAAAUUAAUUAACAGCAGUUAACGUAACUGUUUCAGCCGGUGGAGAGCUUAAUCACUAGACAGUACUAGUAUCUGGGUUUCUUCAGACUCCAUUAAUAAAGUGCCUCCAUGAAAAAAAAAAGAUG